GGCAUUUAAGUCCCUCAUCAGGGGAUGUUGCAGUACAAUCCUAAACUCAGACUUUCAGUAUCUUGAUUCCCUGCAUCUGCCUUUUUCCUUCGGUAUAGUAACCCGGUGUUCCUCAAGAUGUCUGGUGCGGUAACAAACUCACCAUUCUCCGCGCCUUGGGAGCCUGCAAUGAGAGAGUUGUUAAGCCCAUUCAGUCUCACGCCGGAAGCCACCGGCAUAGCAGCCUCCUUUUUGGUCCUUGUUGCCGCUCUGUUCUUCUUGCGAAAGCCAAAGAAGAAUUCCUUGGACUUUCGAGACGCCGCCGGUGAGCACAUCAAAGUGCUCCCUGGCGACACGCGUGUUGCACGCUUCGUCCAGGGAGCAGAAGUAUCAGACCGUGGAAAGGCUAUUGCUGGAGAUGAGCCGUACCUCGUGCACAGCAGUCGUCUGCGGCAUCUGGUUAUUGCCACGCCAGACCAGUUGAGGCAAUUCAUGGCGAAUGACUCCAAAGGCCACAAGAAAGUGCCAGGAGGCGGACUAGGAGACUAUGCUGCGCGCAUGCUAGGCAGCUGUGUCGGCCAACAACAUGGCGAAAAGUGGAAGCUCAUGCGCUCACACUUCGAUCCGUCCUUCUCCAACCAUGCCGCUCGCCAGGCCGAGCCUGUUUUCCAUAAAGUCAUUCGGGACUGGCUUGAAGCAUUACCUCCAGCAGCAACAUCAUCUGCAUUUACAAAGGAUGCCCUGACGUCUUGUCAUGCUCUCGCCUUUCGCCUUUUGGCGAUAAUGUCAUAUGGCGAGGUGAUGGACGAUGCUACCUUUGCCAAGCUCAACAGCCUGACCCAGAUGCACAAGCAGAUGAUGAUGACUAUGGUGCUCAAUCUGAAGACAUCGUCGAGGCUGUACAACAUGCUUCCAACCACCGAGAGGCGGCAACUCAAAGAGUUCAACCGCCUGUGGGAGCAAUUCAAUCUCGGGGCCAUCGAAAGGGCGAGGAAGGACGGCCUCAAUUGCCCCGUCGAGCGCAUCUAUGCAGGUGUUGAAGUAGGAGAUAUGAGCCUUGUUGAGUUCCUCCAAUCUCUCGACGAAAUGCUUUACACCAACAUCGACAUCACCGGCCUGGCCCUCGCCCGACUUCUCCACAACAUCGCCGCACAUGCGGACUUCCAAGCGCGGCUGCGUGCCGAGAUCCUCGGCGAGAAACAGCAGCAGUCCGGUUACAGUGCGGCAGCCUACGCCGGCAAGCAGGACACGCUGCUACACUACGCCACGCUCGAGUCACUCCGACUCAACAACGUGCUGCAUUUCUCACCCCCCGAAUGCACCGCCGAAGACAAGAUCAUCGGCGGCUAUCGCAUCCCCGCCCAGACCUCGUGCAUCGUCGACGUGCGACGCAUCAACACGAACCGCGAAGCCUGGGGCGAGGACGCCGAGACCUUCCGCCCGGAGCGCUUCGCCGGCCUGCCGGCGUCGAGUUACCGCUUCUCCAUGAUCCGUUGGGGCGUGGGCUCCUCCAAGUGCAUGGGCAAGAACAUGGCCGAUCUGCUGCUCAAGAUGACGGUCAUCGCCGUGCUGGAGCGGUAUGAGCUCCGCCCUGCGGUGCUGGAGAAGGGCGGUGGGGAGCAGCAGCAGCAGGGGAUGACUGCCGCGACGAAGGAAACGGGGAUUGGGUUUCGGCUGUUGUGAACAUUACUAGUCCGAAGUAGCAAAGCCGGCGGUCGGGUUGCGCGCAGGGACAGGGUCAUCUUUGGUUAUUUU